CCUACUCACACACGUGAGGAACUACGCCACACGCGGGGAAACCAUUGGACGCUACAACGAGGCCACGGACACCAUCAUGACCGUUACAGAGAGUAUUUUCAGCAGCAUGGGUGAUGCUGGUGAGAUGGUACGACAGGCACGGGUUCUUGCCCAGGCGACCUCUGACCUGGUGAAUGCCAUGAGAUCAGAUGCUGAGGUGGAGGUGGAUGUGAACAACUCCAAGAAGCUUCUUGCAGCUGCUAAACUGCUUGCAGAUGCCACUGCUCGAAUGGUUGAGGCUGCAAAGGGAGCUGCUGCAUACCCUGAAAAUGAAGACCAGCAGCAGAAGCUCCGGGAGGCUGCAGAGGGGCUGCGUGUGGCCACAAACGCAGCUGCACAAAACGCCAUUAAGAAGAAACUCAUAACAAGACUGGAGAACGCUGCUAAACAAGCUGCUGCCGCUGCAACUCAAACCAUUGCGGCAUCCCAGAAUGCAGCAGCCUCCAACAAGAACACUGUUGCCCACCAACAACUUGUUCAAAGCUGCAGGGCUGUAGCUGAUCAUAUUCCUCAGCUGGUGCAGGGAGUGAGGGGCAGUCAGGGGCAGCCAGAGGAUGGUAGUGCCCAACUUGCCCUCAUCAUUGCCAGUCAGAACUUCCUUCAGCCUGGAAGUAAGAUGGUGUCUUCAGCGAAGUCGUCUGUGCCGACUGUGACGGAUCAGGCGGCAGCCAUGCAGCUUGGGCAGUGUGCAAAAAACCUGGCCACCUGCCUGGCUGAACUCCGCACUGCUGCACAGAUGGCUCAUGAGGCAUGCGGCCCCAUGGAGAUCGACUCUGCCGUUAUUGCUGUGCAGACGCUUAAGAAUGAACUCCACGAUGCAAAAAUGGCAGCUUCCGAGGGACAGCUGAAACCUUUACCUGGGGAAUCAUUGGAAAAAUGCACUCAGGAUCUGGGUGGCACAUCUAAGGCUGUUGGUUCCUCUAUGGCCCAAUUGCUUACCUGUGCAGCACAGGGAAAUGAGCAUUACACAGGUGUAGUUGCUAGUGAAACUGCCCAGGCUCUUAAGACGUUAGCGCAAGCUGCGAGGGGUGUUGCUGCCACCUCAUCAGACCCUGCUGGAGCUGCAGCCAUGUUGGAUUCUGCUCGCGAGGUUAUGGAAGGAUCAGCUAAAUUAAUUUCUGAAGCCAAGGAGGCGUUGGUUGCUCCUGGUGAUGCAGAGAUACAACAGAGGCUAGCUCAGGUUGCAAAGGCUGUGUCCCACUCACUGAAUGCAUGUGUGAACUGUCUACCUGGACAAAAGGAUGUUGAUAUGGCUCUGAAAAGCAUCGGAGAAGCCAGCAAAAAACUGCUUGUAGAGACGCUCCCUCCCUGCAGUAAGACCUUCCAGGAGGCUCAGAGUGACCUGAACCAGACUGCAGCCGAUCUGAACCAGUCUGCAGGUGAUGUGGUCCAUGCCUCUAGAGGGACCACUAGCCAGCUUGCAGAUGCUUCUGGAAAGUUCAGUGAGGACUUUGAUGAGUUUCUGGAUGCUGGCAUUGAGAUGGCAGGCCACACCCAGAGAAGGGAUGAUCAAAUGCAAGUGAUUGGGAAUUUGAAGAACAUCUCAAUGGCCUCCAGUAAGCUGCUGUUGGCUGCCAAGUCUUUAUCUGUGGACCCUGCAGCAGGCAAUGCAAAGAACCUUCUCGCUGCUGCUGCCAGAACGGUGACUGACAGCAUCAAUCAGCUGAUUACACUGUGUACCCAGAAUGCCCCAGGACAGAGGGAAUGUGACAAUGCUCUAAGAGAGCUUAAGGCUGUUAGGGGACUUCUAGAUAACCCAAAUGAGCCAGUCAAUGAUCUCUCCUACUUUGACUGCAUUGAAAAAGUCAUGGAGAACUCUAAGAUUCUCGGUGAGUCUAUGGCUGGGAUCUUUCAUAACUGCAAGACAGGAGAUGUUCCAGCAUUUGGAGACUGUGUGGGUGGAGCCUCUAAAGCUCUGUGUGGUCUGACCGAAGCAGCUGGACAGGCUGCUUACCUAGUGGGUGUGUCUGACCCCAACAGCCAAGCUGGACAUCCAGGCUUAGUGGAUCCUAUCCAGUUCACUCGUGCUAAUCAGGCAAUCCAGAUGGCUUGCCAAAAUCUUGUUGACCCAGACAGUAGUCCUUCCCAGGUGCUCUCAGCUGCCACCAUUGUUGCUAAGCACACCUCAGCACUGUGUAAUGCUUGCCGAUUGGCCUCGUCUAAGACUGCAAACCCUGUGGCUAAAAGACACUUCGUGCAGUCAGCCAAAGAAGUGGCCAACAGCACAGCCAACCUGGUCAAAACAAUCAAGGCUUUGGAUGGAGAUUUCUCUGAGGAAAACCGUGAGAAAUGUCAUGUUGCCACAGCGCCGCUCACUGAAGCUGUUGACAAUCUGACCACGUUUGCUUCCAAUCCAGAGUUUGCUAGUGUUCCUGCGCAGAUAAGUAGAGAGGGUUCUGUUGCACAGGAACCAAUCAUCCAGUCGGCUCGCGCAAUGCUUGAUAGCUCCACCCACCUUUUGAAGACCGCUAGGUCAUUGGUUAUAAACCCUAAAGAUCCACCCACAUGGUCAUUACUGGCGAGCCAUUCACGCACCGUGUCAGACUCCAUCAAGAGCCUCAUUACUGCUAUCAGGGAUAAAGCCCCUGGCCAGAAGGAAUGUGACUCAGCCAUUGAUAAUAUCAAUAAAUGCAUUCGAGAUAUUGAGCAGGCCUCUCUUGCCGCUGUCAGCCAAAAUCUUUCUCGCAGAGACGAAGUUUCAUCUGAGGCUUUGCAAGAGCAGUUAACUUCAUCUGUUCAGGAGGUGGGUCACCUGAUUGAGCCAAUUUCCACAGCAGCAAAAGGAGAAGCAGCCCAGCUGGGUCAUAAGGUCUCUCAGUUGGUCAGUUACUUCACUCCUCUGGUCUCUGCCUCUAUGGGCAUGGCUUCCAAAAUCUUGGAUCAUCAGCAGCAGAUGAACCUUCUGGAUCAGACCAAGACUCUCGCUGAGUCUGCUCUACAAAUGCUGUACGCUGCCAAAGAAGGUGGUGGAAACCCAAAGGUGGCUCAUACCCAUGAUGCCAUAGCAGAAGCUGCACAGUUGAUGAGGGAAGCUGUCGAUGACCUCUUGCUGACCCUGAAUGAAGCUGCUAGUGAGGUUGGCAUGGUCGGUGGCAUGGUGGAUUUGAUUGCUGAUGCCAUGGGCAAGUUAGGUGAAGGUACCUCACCAGAACCAGAAGGUUCAUUUGUAGAAUAUCAGACCACAAUGGUGAGAUACUCCAAAGCUAUUGCUGUCAGUGCACAGGAGAUGAUCACUAAAUCAGUGAGUGCUCCAGAGGAUCUGGGCAGUUUGGCCUCUCAUGUCACUGCAGACUACAGUCAGCUUGCAGUUCAGGGACGUCUGGCUGCUGCUACUGCUGAACCAGAGGAGAUCGGCUUCCAGAUAAAGUGCAGAGUGCAGGAACUGGGGCACGGCUGUAUUGUGCUUGUUCAGAAGGCUGGAGCGCUGCAGAUCUGUCCAUCUGACUCGUUCACAAAGAGAGAACUUAUUGAGUGCGCACGUGCUGUCACAGAGAAGGUGUCUAUGGUGCUUUCGGCAUUGCAAGCUGGUAAUAAGGGCACUCAAGCCUGUAUCACUGCUGCCAGUGCUGUAUCAGGCAUCAUCGCUGACCUGGACACCACCAUCAUGUUUGCUUCUGCUGGCACACUCAAUGCUGAGAACGAUUCAGACUCCUUCGCUGAUCACAGGGAGAAUAUUCUGAAGACAGCCAAAGCACUGGUGGAGGACACUAAGAACCUUGUUUCAGGUGCAGCAUCAAGUCAAGAGAAGCUGGCCCAGGCCGCCCAGUCUUCUGCCAAGACUAUCACACAACUUACAGAUGUGGUGAAAUUGGGAGCAGCCAGCAUAGGCCCGGAUGACCCAGAAACACAGGUGGUGCUGAUCAACGCAGUGAAGGAUGUUGCUAAAGCUUUAGCUGAGCUCAUUAGUGCCACCAAGUGUGCAGCAGGAAAAGCUGCAGAUGACCCCUCCAUGUUCCAGCUCAAGAGUGCGGCCAAGGUUAUGGUAACUAAUGUAACAUCCUUACUGAAAACGGUGAAGGCAGUGGAGGAUGAGGCUUCAAGAGGAACCAGAGCUCUGGAAGCCACUAUCGAGUGCAUCAAACAGGAACUCACAGUGUUUCAGUCUAAAGAAGCCCCUGAGAAAUUGACCACUCCCGAAGAGUUCAUUCGCAUGACGAAGGGCAUCACCACAGCAACCGCCAAAGCUGUUGCAGCAGGAAAUUCUGCCAGACAGGAAGAUGUAAUCUCCACAGCAAACCUCAGCCGCAAGGUCAUAGCCGAUAUGCUGACCACAUGCAAGCAAGCGGCGUAUCAUGAGGAAGUGAGUGAAGAGGUCAGAAGCAGAGCUCUGUUAUAUGGCACUGAAUGUACCAAUGGAUAUAUAGAGCUCCUAGAACAUGUCCUACAGGUCUUACAAAAGCCAACAGGUGACCAGAAACAGAAAUUGGCAAUGUUUUCUAAAAAGGUUGCUGCAGCCGUCACUGAACUGAUUCAAACAGCGGAGGCAAUGAAAGGCACUGAGUGGGUCGACCCUGAGGAUCCUACUGUGAUCGCCGAAACUGAGUUAUUGGGAGCUGCGGCCUCAAUCGAAGCAGCAGCCAAGAAACUUGAGCAGCUCAAACCAAGAGCCAAACCAAAGCAAGCUGAUGAGAAUUUAGACUUUGAAGAGCAGAUACUUGAGGCAGCCAAAUCUAUCGCUGCAGCCACCAGCGCUCUUGUAAAAUCAGCUUCAGCAGCUCAGAGAGAACUCGUAGCCCAGGGCAAGGUGGGAGCCAUCCCUGCUAAUGCUUUGGAUGAUGGACAGUGGUCCCAAGGGCUAAUAUCUGCUGCACGCAUGGUUGCUGCAGCCACCAGUAACCUCUGUGAGGCAGCGAAUGCAUCGGUCCAAGGUCAUGCCAGUGAAGAAAAGCUCAUCUCUUCUGCCAAACAAGUGGCUGCUUCCACUGCACAGCUGCUGGUGGCGUGCAAGGUUAAAGCUGAGCAGGAUUCAGAGGCUAUGAGGAGGCUACAGGCUGCAGGCAAUGCUGUGAAACGCGCCUCUGACAGUCUGGUUCGAGCGGCCCAGAAAGCUGCUUUCAACAAGGCAGACAAUCAUAAUGUGGUGGUCAAGACCAGGUUUGUUGGAGGAAUUGCUCAGAUUAUUGCUGCUCAGGAGGAGAUGUUGAGGAAGGAGAGGGAACUGGAAGAGGCCCGUAAGAAGCUGGCACAGAUCAGACAACAGCAGUACAAGUUCCUGCCAAGUGAACUCCGAGAGGAUGAGGACUAAACAGAAAUGCUGGCUUCCCUUUGAUCAAAUUAUCCACCGUUUGAUUUUUGCCUUCAGGACACAGAUGAAUUUCUCUAUAGUGCAGUCCAUACGACAAAUACUGAACUGAUGAAGGGUUAUUGAUUCAGUUGACUGGAUUGUGAGUUUUUAAAUAUUUAAACUCUUGAACAUUUCAAACAGCGACCGUCUUGUCUCUUUAACCGUGAAUGUGUUCAUGCCUCCUCCACACCCUCAUGAAGAAGCUUUGAAUUUCUGGCAUGAAUCUGAACUUGUGAAUGUGUGCAUGAAGAUUUUGGAAGCACAUAACUGUGUGCUCAGAACAGCCAGAUUUACACGAUUGAGACUGUAUUGAGGAAGAAAUAAAUGAACUCUGUUCGAUCUCAGUUAUUAAAACAAAGCGUUUUUAGGGUUUCAAACAAGGUGCAGACUUUAAUACUUACAUCAUUUAAAGUCGAGAUGAAAAGAAACCUGACUGUCAGAGACUCCAGUUGAAUGUUUAACAUUUGUACAUUUGUAAUGGUGAGAUACUUUUUUUAAUGCUUAACUUUCAUUGCUUUGAAGUUCACAAAGUAUACAAAUAAACAAUAUUUAUGUAGGCAAACGAAAGUGCAUAAAUGUGCAAUGUAGAACAAAACCACUCAGAAUAAGGGUCUAAAAUGCAUCUUCUCCAAUGAAUUUUUCUUGCUGCCCUUGUGCAUGAUGAGAAUGUAAUGUCCGGAUGUGAUUCAUGUAUUAAAUCUGGAGAAUCAUAAGACCAUACUAACCUCAGUAGUACUGUGGAAGUUCCACCUCUAACCCCCUAAAACCUUUCAAAAAUUGACGUUAUACCACAGCAAAAUGUUGAAUAAAAUAAAAUAAAAAAUAUUGAAUAAAAUCCUAAUACUGAAUGUAUGCUCAGUUAUAAUAGAAUUGCUUCAGUUUGUUGUCUGCGGGCACAAGGAUAUAUUUGUACAUUCAAAAGUGAUUUUCUUUUUUUUUCUCACAUCCUCUAAAUUUUCAAAACCAUUUGAUGCUGGUAUGACUUUCUAAUUUUUAGCCUUAUGCUCUAGCGUGUCACUUUUAUGCUUGUAUUUUGGUCAUAUGCAACCCUGGAAAUCUGUUCUCGGUGCUUUAUUGCUUUGCCACAGCAACUCUUCUGUCUCUGGCUUUAUGUACAUUUAGUUUCAGUGCCUUAGUUUAUCACUGUCAAAUGAACGUAUCAGUUCUCUUACUGCAGGAGACAAGAUCAGGUGUUUAUAUUCUGGCUUGCAUUCACCAUAGUGUGUGUGUGUGUGUGUGUGUGUGCAGGGGCGGACUUACCCAUUAGGCA